ACUCGGCCCUUCAGACAGCGAAGGGCCGUUUGCGCGAGAGGACCCCACACAUCACACGCCAUGAAGCUCUGUCGUUGGAGGCUCUUGAGCUUACUCGUGACUUGGUUGACCUGUGCGUCUGCGGGUCGCUACGAUGGGUAUCAAGUAGUCCGUGUCAGCCCAAAGAGGGAUGUGGAGGCGAAGCUGCUGGAGAGGAUGGCGCAGGAGGGCUUCCUGGACGUCUUCAGAAAGGGUCGCGACGGCUUCGUGGACGUGCUAGUGGACGAGGCGAAGGCGAAGACGCUUGCUGAUUUCGGUUUCCAGAGCGACACACUGCUGAGUGACGUUGGCAGGUUGGUGGAGAAUCAGAUGAGAGGGCGAGGUCAGGUCAAAUACGGAAACGUGACCUGGGAUCAUUACAACACUCUUGAAGAGAUCUAUGACUACAUGGACCAUAUCGCAUCCGAGCACCCCGACGUGGCGACAGUGUUCAGCCUCGGGAAGACGUGGGAAGGGAGGGACAUUAAGGCGCUGCACUUGACGAGGGACGGAGGGGAAGACACCAAGCCUAUUGUCUUCGUGGAUGCUGGCUUCCACGCCCGUGAAUGGAUCGCUCCUGCCGUGGCCUCCUACAUCUUCCACUCCCUCAUGCACGAUGUGACGGGUCUGCUCUCCUCCGCCGUGUGGGUGAUCGCCCCGUCUAUGAACCCCGACGGAUAUGAGUUCACUUGGACUGAUGAUCGGUUAUGGCGCAAGACGCGUUCGAACCGCACGAGUCUCUGUAGAGGCGUCGAUCCCAACAGGAAUUUCGACUUCCACUGGAUGGAGGUAGGAGCGAGCGACAACCCGUGCUCGGAGAUCUACGCCGGCCCGACCGCUCUCUCUGAACCCGAGACGCAGGCUUUAGCAGACUACAUGCAGGCACACAAAGAUCGCGUUAAGGUUUACAUCACACUGCACAGCUACAGCCAGCUCUUCAUGUACCCUUAUGGACACACGUUAGAUCUUCCAGACAACUGGGAAGAACUGGAUCGAGUGGCUAAGCUGGCCGUCGACGCCCUGACAGCUGUACACGGGACCGAGUACGAGUAUGGCUCUUGCAGCAGCAUUCUCUAUCUCGACGCAGGUUCCUCGCGGGAUUACGUGAAGGGCGUGGUAGGGGUUCCUUACGUCUACACGAUUGAGCUAAGGGACCAAGGGUACUACGGCUUCCUUCUCCCUCCUGAACAGAUCCUUCCGACUGGCGAGGAGACUUGGGAGGCCAUUCAGGUGGUCGCCAAGGAGGCUCUGGCACUGUAAAGACACUUUUUCAGAGUGGCAUGUGGCUCAGAGGCCAGUGAGGCAGCACCGUUUGAAGUCCGAAAAUGAAAUUGUUCUUAUUUA